UUUAGUGUAGAAUUAUUUCCGUGUUUGGACUUGGAAUAGAAACUUUUCAAAAUAUGGCUCUGGUGUCGUCACUGAGACGAUUCUGUGUACAUACAGCUAAGGACAAAUGUCUAUUGUUUAGUAUCCGGGAUAGAUCUCUUUCAAGAAAUGGAUAUUUGGCUAGAUUUGUUGCUAAAAACGCAUCGUCAGUCAAUGUCAAACGAAAUAUAUCUAAACCACUGUCAAUUUUAAUCGGUGGAAGUGCACUGUGUUUAUCCCUUUCACUGUAUGAGCUACUAAAGGACAGACUGACACCCACAGUUCAUGCUGCUGUGCCUGAUUCCCCAAGGAUGCAAUAUAAUUUCAUUGCAGAUGUUGUUAAAAAAGCAGCACCAGCUGUUGUGUACAUUGAAUUAAAGGGGAGACAUCCAUUCCAUGGCGGCUACACUACCAUGUCUAAUGGCUCUGGUUUCAUUGUGCGUGAGGAUGGACUGAUUCUAACAAAUGCCCAUGUCGUUGGUAACAAGCAGUCUCUUCGUGUAAAGCUACAUGAUGGAAGGGAAUUUGAUGGUGUGGUACAAGCUGUUGAUCCAGUCUCAGAUUUAGCAACCAUUAAAAUUCAAGCUAAAGACCUCCCCACUCUGCAGCUUGGGAAGUCGUCAUCCCUAGAGCCUGGGGAAUGGGUGAUAGCAAUGGGGAGUCCACUAGCCCUCAGCAACACCGUCACUGCCGGCAUUGUUAGCACCGUCCACCGAGGAAGCAAGGAACUCGGGAUACACAACAAAGACAUGGAGUACAUACAGACCGAUGCAGUCAUCAAUUUUGGUAACUCAGGAGGGCCACUCGUCAACCUGGAUGGAGAGGCUAUUGGCAUCAACACAAUGAAAGUGACCACAGGAAUUUCAUUUGCCAUACCCUCUGACUAUGCGUGUGAAUUUUUGUUGAAAGCCGAUGAAUUAUUGAAGAGAGCCCAGAGCAAGUCACGAGGCUGGUUUGGUACAGGGAGUAGUGCCAAGGCACGGCGAUUCAUGGGCAUCACGAUGUUGACACUGACACCGAGCAUCUUGCUGGAGUUGAAGGAGAGAUCGGCGGACUUCCCUGAUGUACAACAUGGAGUCUUUGUACAUAAGGUCACACUUGGAUCACCAGCUUAUAACGGUGGCAUCCACCCUGGGGAUGUUAUAACACAGAUCAAUGGGCAGGACGUCCUAUCUUCCUCUGACGUGUACAGCGCUGUGGAGAACAACCACACCUUGCGGGUGUGCAUCAUGCGGGGAGCCAGAAAAAUACUGUUGGUGGUCCACACAGAAGAGGUGGAUUGAUGAAGUAUCAGCCAUGGAUGUAAGCAACAACUAGUCAACAACAACAACAACAACACAAGCUAGGGUUCAUUAAUGCGCUGAAUUUCAUAAAUGCGAAUGUACAUGCAUUAUUUAACUUGUUCAAAUAUUUUUUCUUGAGUAUGCGCUGUUUUCAAUCUCAUUAAAAUCAGGACUAAGUUGUAACACGCUGUCAUUAACUCACAGGUUCUUUAAACCCGAAACUUCUCUUUUAUGUGCUGUUUGUGAAUUGUGGUUUUAAUGUAAUUGUAUGAAGCAGUCCUUAAACUAUCAAUAAGUUACAAUGUUUUAAGUGUAAGAAUUCCAUUAUCAUGGCAUUAUACAUUGGUAUUAGGACAUUCCCCAAUAAUUUUCUUUUUUUAGAAAACAAGAAUUUUAAAAGCAUUUUGUCAUUCUCAUCAGCCAGGUGGCUCAAGUAGUUGCCAUCAGAAGUUUUGCAAGCAUAACUUUUAUCAGACAUUGUUUUGUUUCAGUGUAUUAGCACAUAUUAUGGGGCAUGUUUGUUUCAAUGACACUUUGUGUACUACCGUACUACUACGGCAGCCAAUAACUCUGUACACAAAUAUCUGACAAACACUUCACCAUAGGUCAUGUCACAUUAAUCCUUAGUCAAAUUUAAGUGACGGAUGCGUGGAUUCUCAAGGCAGUCAGAUAUUAACAUUCUAAGAUGAUUCAGAAUUAUUUAUUUAAUGUUUUGAACACAGAACACAAAUAUUACUUUGAUGGUACUUCUUUUUAGCUGUAGAUGCCAUGCUGCAUGAUUAAAAAAAUCAAAAGGUUAAUCGCAUGGUCAAUAUUAUUUACAUUUUGAACUGUCCAUUUAAGUUCAGUUUCAUGAAACAGAAAUAAAGAUGUGCUGACUUUUGUUGAGAAUUUGUCAGGUCUACAUAUCAGAGUGCAAGAUCUGAUUUUUAAAAGAUUGUUGAUUAGCGGAUUUGUGUUCCAAAACUGGAUGAAAGGACAUUAUAAAAGUGUUUUCAGUUUUCAUUUGUUGUGAUUUUCCUCCUUUAUUGACAUCCUUUAAAGUUUUUUUAUCAGUGGCAUUAAUUUACAGACUUGAAUAGACAUAGAUACAACUUUAAAUACUUAUAUAUUUUAUUUAAACCAUGUGAUAUUCAGCAUGUCUAUGAAAGAAGAAAGAUGCCCUGGGAUAUGGGUUGACUGUGUUUUGUUGAUUAAUACCAUAUUUGCCUUUAUGAGAUGCAUUUAUAUUUGAUAUGAUGUUUUCCAGUUGUAUUGAUGUGACUAUUACUUAGUACAAGUAUGUGUGCAGGAUUUAUGGACUGAAUGUGUGUGUGUGGCUUGUGAUGUCUUUUGUAACGGGUGAUGGAAUAAAUCAUUUAUACAUA